GAAAAAAAAAAAGCAAAACAAAAAAAAUCCCACAUGCUACCUCAACUCUUCUCAAGAUAAGCCACCUUUAAUUCACUACGUAUUCACGGUCUCAUACCUGUUUAAUUAAUCUUAAUAUUGUGUACCUAUUUCAUUCGGCUUAAUAUUGUGUUGCGUUGUUUGAGCAGUAUAAUAUGCCCCAACAUUGUAAGCCAUUUUUUUUUUUUUUUUUGCGGGACGGAAAGGGCCCCAAAAACGGAUCUCACCCCUCCCAAAUCUAUGAUAUUAGCAUUGUCCUUGAUCUCUGAUCCCUAAUGUGUGAAUUCGAAUGCCUAAUUCAUGAUUUCAGUGCACCUCGUUUGUUACUUUUUCUUUAUUACAAGAUUCCCGGUUUGUUUUUGUGUGUGUUUUUUUUUGUUUGUUUGCAUUCUGUUCAAUAAAGUUUAAUAUUUUCAAUCCAGGCGUCACGCAUGACGUCGCUGUGAAACACGCCCCCUCUCGGCCGGAAAAGGAACAUGCACGGUUGGUGUCACUUCCUCCAUGGUCAGUGGUCCUUUUUCUCGGCUUGUCUCUUCCCAGCGGCUUUUGGUUUCCACACGUGUAGGCUUCUCCUAUGUGAAUCUCGCUUUCCCGAAUCCGCGUGUGUGAAGACGGAGAAACCGGCAAGGAUGGGGGCUUAUCUGUCGCAACCGAACACGACCAAGACCUCCUCAGAUGGCGGCAACAGCACCAUGAGCUACGGCUUCUCCGCCAUGCAGGGCUGGCGAGUUUCCAUGGAGGAUGCUCACAAUUGUAUCCCAGAGUUUGACGAGGACACCGCCAUGUUUUCUGUGUAUGAUGGACAUGGAGGAGAAGAGGUGGCUCUUUACUGUUCAAAGUACCUUCCUGAUAUCAUCAAGGAGCAGAAGACCUACAAAGAUGGCAAACUACAGAAGGCGCUGGAGGAUGCCUUCUUGGCCAUCGACUGCAGAAUCACUUCAGAGGACGUAAUCAAGGAGCUAGUGCAGAUCGCCGGGCGUCCCAUAGAGGAGCCAUCUACGAAAAAAGUGGCAGAUGAGGAUGAUGUGGACACAGAGGAGGCAGCUUUACUCUAUGAGGAGGCCACUAUGACCAUUGAGGAGCUGCUUGUUCGCUAUGGACAGAAUAAGAACGCAAGCAAGCAAGCCGCUGUGAGCAGCAUGUCCGCAAAGAAGGCAUCUGGCCAGUCUCCGAAGGCCUCUGGACACAAAGGGGAAGGUGAGGAAGGACCAAAGAAGGAGGAGGCUGUGAAUGGAGAGGUGGAGGAGGAGAGCAACGGGAUGGAGAAGGGCGGCGACGACGCGACAUGCGCGCCCAAGCCGCGGCCGUGUCGCAGAACAGUCAACGAUGAAGCCAGCGGUGCAGCAGCAGCUGACUGCGGCAGCUCAGGAAGCUCCAAUGGAGAAGAAAAGGUCAGGAAAACAGAGGUAGACGCUGGCCCCUCGUGUUCUUCGUCCUCCAAAACUGAAGGCGAUUCCAAGUCCAGAUUCUUCGAUGACAGCGAGGAGUCUGAGGAGGAAGGAGAGGACGAGGAAGAGGAGGAUGAGGAGGACACCGAUGAAGAAGAUGGCAGUGAAGAGGGGGAGGAGGCUGACAGCAGUGAGCUCGAAGAGGAAGAUACCGAAGAGGGCGAGGAGGAUUCUGAUGAUGAGGAUGUGGAAGAAAUGAGUCUCCCUGGGAUAGACGGCAAGGAGGAGCCGGGCUCAGACAGUGGUACCACUGCUGUUGUGGCUCUGAUCCGAGGGAAGCAGCUGAUUGUUGCCAACGCCGGAGAUUCUCGCUGUGUGGUCUCCGAGCGAGGCAAAGCUGUGGACAUGUCUUACGACCACAAGCCUGAGGAUGAGCUGGAGCUGUCUCGCAUUAAAAGGGCCGGAGGCAAAGUAACCAUGGACGGACGGGUCAACGGUGGACUGAACCUAUCCAGAGCCAUUGGCGAUCAUUUCUAUAAGAGGAACAAGGUUUUGCCCCCAGAGGAGCAGAUGAUUUCGGCUAUGCCCGACGUGAAGGUUCUGACGCUCAACGACGACCACGACUUCAUGGUCAUUGCCUGCGAUGGCAUCUGGAAUGUGUUGAGCAGUCAGGAGGUGAUCGAUUUCAUCAGCAAGAGGAUCAAACCAGAUCACAACGGCGUUGCCAGACCCCUUUCGUCCAUUGUGGAGGAGCUGCUGGACCAUUGUUUGGCCCCAGACACAUCUGGAGACGGGACAGGAUGCGACAACAUGACCUGCAUGAUCAUCACCUUCCGACCACACCCCUGCCUCGCUCAGACCCUGUCAGAUGACACAAAAAAGAGGAAGCAUCCCGAGGGGGAGGGCGACGAAGAGGAAAAGGAAAAGGCGGCCGACGGGCGAGCCGAGCCCGAGAAGAACGGGAAUGAGAACAAAAAGCCCAAAAGUGACCAAAGCUAAGGGGGGAACUGUUGGGGCGCAGAGCAGCUGGUCACCAGAAAUGAAGUCCUGACCUCACGCGACACUCUCUUCACACUGAAACAGAAUGCGUUCUGUUUUGGGCGGAUCCUUACUUUGAAUUCACCCACUUCGGUUGUUUCUGUCCUUCCGCUCGUGUUGGAAGGACCCCCGCCAUUCACUGGCACCUAGAGCAGCUUGUCUUUUCCCGAGCUACGUUUGUAACACGCUUUUGGUUGAUUCCUGCCCCCUUUUAUCGUCCUGGCUUUUGCACACUUUACUUUUCGUGGAAGCUUGAGCUUACUUCUUGUUUCUGUUCACAACGUUUUAGUUUUCUCCCAACACCUGCACGAUGAUCCUCGGGUGUUAACACAGCGGUCACCGCUUCUGCCAAGUGCCAUAAAAGUUGUGACUUGUAUGUAUUUGCGCAUCGUGAGACCUUCGGAAGGCAGAGGGCAGAGGCCAUGUUUGCUCUCGGGGGCAGUGAUGAGACCAAUUGCGUAUUUUGAGUUCAGUGCUGCAGUGGAUAGGUUUUCUUCAGUUUACAUCGACAUUACUCUGCCCCAACUCCCCUCUUUUUUUUUUUUCUUCAUUCCUUCUUCAUCGUUUAAAUGUCUCGUGCAGCCUGAUUGCCAGAAUUUCAGGAACUAAGAAAAUAUUUUAUAUCGCCCAACACCUUACUUCCAUCCAGAGACACACAUUACAUCACACUUUUUUUUUUUUUUUUUUUUUUAGAUUAGGGAUUAUUUGAAGUAAAGACAAUUUUUACCUUAAUAGUGGUAAUCAUAAAAUAUGUGGAGACAGCACCAAGUCAGUUUUGAGUGGUAAGAUUUGAUUGUGUUUAGAAUUUUUUACAGUAAUCUCUCCACUCAUUGUGACUGUAAGUUUGGUUACUCCUGUACAUAGCUCCCCCCACUUCCAGUCCUUGUACAUGAAGAUAAAAGAUUGUUUUUCUUUGUAAUUGUAAGUCAAUGUAACAUUUUCGGUGCAUUCUCUUGACACCAGUAUGUAAGUACGUUCAAAUAAAUUUUUUUUUUUUU